CAGAGGAAAAGCCGGUGUUACGCAAGAAAGGCCAAAUGGAGAGCCUUAAAAGGAAAGUGCGCCCCCCACAAUGCCCACACCGCCAUCUGUGGCCACCCGGUCUACAGGAACUGCCUUUAAGAAAAAGAACGUGAUUUUCCCCAACUGCGAGAAUGACACUUAUGGAAUUUUUUGGAUGCACGUUUAUUGGUUUUGGCCCUCCAUUGGCACUGUUUAUCUUUACAAUAUCUGGCGACCCCCUUCGCAUAAUAAUUCUGAUUGCAGGGGCAUUUUUCUGGUUGAUGUCCUUACUUCUGUCGUCGAUAUUGUGGUACGCAGUGGUCCCGUUACGAGAGGAACUGGCCUUCGGACUAGUCUUCAGUGUAAUUUUCCAAGAGUUGUUUAGAUUUGGUUAUUAUUAUAUACUCAGAAAAGCAGAGUCAGGACUGAAGAAAGUAAGUGAUUUCGAGACUGGAGCUGGAGUCAUACAUGAUGUUAUCACUAAACACUCGAUUGCUUAUGUUGCUGGCUUGGGAUUUGGCCUGAUGAGUGGAGCAUUUUCAUUGGUGAAUGUUCUUGCUGAUUCGAGCGGUCCUGGCACAGUUGGCAUACAAGGCCAGUCAGAUCUCUUCUUCAUUACUUCAGCUUUUAUGACACUGUGCUUUGUGUUUCUUCAUACGUUUUGGGGAGUGAUAUUCUUCCAUUCCCUCGACACAAAGAAUUACAUUGGAGUAGGUGUAGUUAUUGGCAGCCAUAUGCUAAUAUCCUGUUUGAGCCUGCUCAACGUGCGGGAGCUGUAUGCGGCCAGCCUCGUCCCGGCCUACGUCGUCAUGCUGCUGAUGGGCGGCUGGGCCUAUGUAACGGCCGGCGGCUCACUGAACAACGUCAAGGCGUGCUUCACCCCACGCUCGCAGGCGUUCCACGUGUACUGAGCGCUGGAGAGUGUCGAUCGGUGGGCGGGCGACUCUCGUGCGUGUCUUUCAGUGGUUGCAUGUCAGUGGAGUCGUCAGCGAAUGUCUAUUGGGGGGCAUGCGACCCUCGUGCUUGUCGGUCGUAAGUUGCACGUCUGGGUAGUCGGCGAAUGUCCAUCAGUAGUCGUCUGCCUCUCAUGCUCAUCUAUCGUAGGUAGCGCAUCGGGGAGUCGUCGGUGAGUUUUAGCCAUUCGGGUUUUUUUUUGGAGCAGGGUCCGAAACCAAUGGCCUCGUGGAUUGUAAGCUUGAUGUGCAUCUGUGAAGGUUACUGAAAUCUUACGGCUGGACAUUUCAUGAUGGAGAUUCGGUGUAUCUUGUAAUGUCACAAGGUCAACUUCUACAAGAGGAGUAAACAUAGCUCUCCAAAAGGGCAAUGUCUGUGUGUAAUUUUACAAGAUUCUAAUCUCAUUAUAGUGUUAAAUAUCUGGCAAGUACCGUUCAGUUUCAUACAGUUGUCUUCUACAUUCAUUUAUAUAUUCCAGUAUAUGCAAUAUAUAUAUAUAUCCACUCUACUUAGUACUGGACCAUAAACUUAUGUAUAAUGUACAUAGCAUAUAAUAUUAUAUAUAUUUCAAUGUCCAGUUAAUCAGAGGUAAAAUUUGUAACUAAUUCAUAGCGGCCUUAUAACUGCCAGGUCCCCAAUCUGACGACCUUGUUAUAAAAAUCUUGAGUAUUUGCUAUAUUUUCUGGCAGUUCUGUAAACUUUGCGUAAUUGCCUACCUGCAUUAAUUGUGUAUUUGCCACUGGUUUAGCAUGAUCACGUUACGCUUUAGAUAACUGUGUAAUGACAUGUCUUUAUAUCAGCCACGUUCAGUGCAUGUAAGUUAUGGUGUAAAUAUUCUGUUGUCGUUUACUGUGCACGGUUAUUGUAUUUUGAAUUGGUUUUUGUGAAAGGUGUAUGAAUGAUUCACUUAUGUAUUUAUUGAAUCGAAAAAUCAAUCAAGAUAAAUUAAAUUGCAUUCUUUAUGCAUAAAUAUAUUGACCGAAAAGCUAUGAAAACCAAAUGCUUGUUGUAUCAUUUGUUUCUGAGAAUAAAAACAUUGGAGUCUGCCAUCA